AUGGCUCGCUCUAGGGACAAGUCUCGGCGCAGUCGUUCUCAUUCUCAGGAGCGGGACUCCUCACCUUCUUCUCAUAACAAACACAAUCGCAAUCGAAGACGGUCACAGUCGCGGCAUCAUCAUGGCCGUAGCGUCAGUAGAAACUCCAAUAUCUCGUAUCGAUCUCAGCUUUCCCAUCGUAGCUCCGACAAGCUGAAUGCGACGAAUUCGCGCAAGUUUGAGCGCGAAUCAUCAAAGUCUUACAAGUCUGUGUUAGGACUUGACAAACUCGCGAUUGAAAAGCGUCGCGAACGUGGUAAACAGACCCCGAGAAGCAGCAAAACAACAUCUAGUUAUCCUGAACGAAGAAACAUAUCAUCUUCACACGCAUCAGGACUUAAUUCCAGUGAUUGGGAUGCACCAGAGCGUCUUCAAAGUGUGAAUAGCUAUCAAGAUUGUUCAGAACAGUCAGAGACGCCCAAAACAAGCGAUGAGAGACGAUCUAACAGUUCCAAAAACCGUAAGCGCAGCAGAAGCAGUACUACUAGCACAUAUAAAAACACAGUAGAUAUAUCGCCUCAUAUUGAAGAAAGUACUCGACGUACAGAGCGACAUAAAGCUCCUAAAAAGCAAUACGACGAUCAAGUUGAAGAAGAUUUUGAUCGCGAAUUUUACUUAAACGAUGACGCUGGUGGAGUCGAGACACAUGAAGGUCACGUUUUUCUUGGCAGUGAAGAAAAAUUUAAAGCAUUAGAAGAAAAACUUGCACAAUCUCGAGCAAGAGGCGAUAAUAAACUCAAAGGCAUGUCAGCUAGAGCAUCAGCGUUGUCUGCCGAUCAAGAAGCAUGGGAGACAAAUCGAUUAUUAACCAGUGGUGUCGUAGUAUCUGGACGAGUAGCAACGGCUUUUGAUGACGAAGUGGACGCAAGAGUACAGAUUAUGGUCCACAGUACGAAACCACCAUUUUUAGAUGGUCGAGUAGCGUUCACAACUCAAGUUGAAAUGGUCGCAACCGUAAAAGAUCCAACGUCCGACAUGGCUGUUUGUGCGAGAAAGGGUAGUGAGCUAUUGCGUGAAGUUCGGGAGCAACGUGAACAGAACAAGAUGAGAAAACGAUUUUGGGAGAUUGGUGGUUCGCGAAUGGGCGACGCUAUCGGCAUCAAGAAAGAAGUAACUUCAGAGGAUGAAAACGAUAAAAAUGAUGAAGCAACGAGUUACAAGCACGAUUCACAAUUUGCAACACAUUUGAAAAAACAAAAAGCUGUUAGUGUGUUUGCAAAAACGCGGACGCUUCGACAACAGCGCGAAUAUUUGCCAAUUUUUCAAUGUCGACAAGAAUUGUUGCAAGUGAUUCGUGAGAAUCAAAUUGUUGUGAUUGUUGGAGAAACAGGAUCUGGCAAAACGACACAGCUGACGCAGUAUUUGUAUGAAGAAGGAUAUGCUCAAUUUGGAAUGAUUGGGUGUACCCAACCACGUCGUGUGGCAGCUAUGUCGGUGGCUCAACGUGUGAGUGAAGAGAUGGAUGUGACCCUUGGCGAUGAAGUUGGGUACGCAAUUCGAUUUGAAGAUUUAACAACAGAUAAGACUAUUAUCAAGUAUAUGACAGAAGGUGUGUUGUUGCGUGAGUCUUUGCGAGAAUCUGAUUUAGAUUCGUAUUCGUGUGUGAUCAUGGAUGAAGCUCAUGAACGCGCAUUGAAUACUGACGUUUUAUUCGGUAUUCUACGCAAAGUAGUACAACGUCGAAGUGACUUUAAAUUAGUUGUCACGUCGGCUACGUUAGAUGCUGACAAGUUUGCCAGCUUUUUUGGUGGUGUCCCUAUGUUUAAUAUUCCUGGUCGAACCUUUCACGUGGAAACUCGCUACACCAAGUCUCCAAGUGACGAUUAUGUCGACGCUGCUGUAAAGCAGGUAAUGCAGAUUCAUCUCUCUCAUCCUCCAGGUGAUAUUUUAGUAUUUAUGACAGGCCAAGAAGAUAUCGAAGCGACUUGUUACAUACUAGCAGAACGAAUGGGAAAGCUUGAUGGUGCCCCACCUUUAAUGGUACUCCCAAUGUAUUCACAAUUACCAGCUGAUUUACAAGCCAAGAUCUUUGAUGCUUCAGAGAUUCGCAAGUGUAUUGUAUCGACAAAUAUUGCCGAAACUUCGCUUACUGUUGAUGGUAUCAAGUACGUAAUUGACACUGGUUUCUGCAAAGUUAAAGUAUACAAUCCUAAAAUUGGCAUGGACGCGCUGCAAGUAAGUCCAAUUAGUCAGCAAAAUGCCAAUCAACGUGCCGGUCGAGCUGGUCGUACAGGUCCAGGUGUGGCAUAUCGAUUGUAUACCGAGCGGCAAUUUGUCAAUGAAUUGUUGGAAGCCCAAAUUCCCGAGAUUCAACGAACAAAUUUAGGAUACGUUGUGCUUUUACUUAAGUCUCUUGGUGUGUCCAAUUUGCUUGAAUUUGACUUCAUGGAUCCACCGCCACAAGAUAAUAUUAUCAAUUCCAUGUACCAAUUGUGGGUCUUAGGAGCCUUGAGUAAUACAGGCGAACUAACAGAAAUUGGCAAAAAGAUGGUUGUGUUUCCACUCGAUCCACCACUAGCGAAAAUGCUACUUUUCAGUGAAGCAUUGGGAUGUUCUACGGAAGUACUCAUUGUUGUCAGUAUGUUGUCUGUGCCCAGUGUCUUUUUUCGUCCGAAAGAUCGAGAAGAAGAGAGUGAUGCAGCUCGAGAAAAGUUUUUUGUACCCGAAAGUGACCAUUUGACGUUACUGAAUGUUUAUCAACAAUGGGAAUCAAAUCGUCACUCGGCUCAAUGGUGUUCGGAUCAUUUUAUUCAUGCAAAAGGAUUACGUAAGGCAAGAGAAGUACGGGAGCAAUUGGCAGAUAUUAUGAAGCAACAACGUGUACGUCUGAAGUCAUGUGAAGGACGCUGGGAUGUUGUUCGAAAAGCGAUCUGUUCAGCUUAUUUUUAUAAUUCGGCGCAAAUUAAGGGUAUUGGAGAAUACGUUAAUAUGUUGACGGGAAUGCCGUGCAAUUUACAUCCAAGUGCUGCACUCUUUGGUCUUGGUUACACGCCAGACUUUGUGGUAUAUCAUGAACUUAUAUACACAAGUAAAGAGUACAUGCAGUGUGCCACAGCCGUUGAAGGAGAGUGGUUAGCAGAGCUUGGGCCAAUGUUUUUUAGUGUCAAAGAGUCGUUUCAGUCACGAUUAAUGAAAAGAAUGAAGGAGAAAGAGGAAGCCGUAGAAAUGGAGAAUGAAAUGGAAGCUUCUCUUGUCGCUAAAGAUGAAAAGGCCAGGACAGUGUCUAGCAUAAAGCACAAUAGUGAUAGUCAUCACAAGAAGCAACGCAUGACUGUGGCAGGACCUGGCCACUCUGAAUUGUUCACUACUGUACUACAAGAUCGGAUUGAUAUUGUUGGUCUUAUCGAGCAUCAUGGACUUGUAUUUCAAGUCGCCUUACACCAAGAGAACGUUCGAAGGCUACAAGCUCGAUCUGACAUUCUCAGUUCUCAGACAUUGGCAGAUUCGAAGCUUUUGGGAUCAUAUGUGGAUGUAAGCUCUUCCUGA